UGACGUGUCUCCUUCGUCCGUGUCAAAUUUACGAGGGUUAGACGUGUGGAAUGGUUUUCUGAACGUACAAUAUUCAUCAAUAUAUUUAAUAGAAGAUGUUAACAAAAUUCGAGACAAAAUCUGCUCGCGUAAAGGGGCUGUCGUUUCAUCCGAAACGUCCUUGGGUCCUUGCGAGUUUGCACAAUGGAGUUAUUCAAUUAUGGGACUACCGUAUGUGCACUUUAUUAGACAAGUUCGAUGAACAUGAUGGACCAGUUCGUGGAAUCUGUUUCCACAACCAGCAACCAUUAUUCGUAUCCGGUGGUGACGAUUAUAAAAUUAAAGUAUGGAAUUACAAACAGAGAAGAUGUAUCUUCACUCUGCUAGGCCAUUUAGAUUAUAUUAGAACGACUCUGUUCCACGAAGAGUAUCCCUGGAUUCUGAGUGCUUCAGAUGAUCAGACGAUUCGUAUUUGGAACUGGCAAAGCCGUACUUGUAUUUGUGUCUUGACUGGACACAAUCACUAUGUAAUGUGUGCACAGUUCCAUCCUACAGAAGAUAUCAUUGUAUCAGCUUCCUUGGAUCAAACGGUCAGAGUAUGGGAUAUCUCUGGAUUGAGGAAGAAAAACGUAGCUCCUGGUCCAGGAGGCUUGGAAGAUCACUUAAAGAAUCCUGGGACUACAGAUUUAUUUGGUCAAGCUGAUGCUGUUGUGAAACAUGUCCUCGAGGGACACGACAGAGGAGUCAAUUGGGCAUGUUUCCAUCCCACGUUGCCCUUAAUUGCUUCUGGAGCUGAUGACCGACAGAUUAAAAUGUGGAGAAUGAACGAUGCCAAAGCAUGGGAAGUUGACACGUGUCGUGGACAUUAUAAUAACGUAUCCUGUGUCUUAUUCCAUCCUAGACAAGAUCUUAUUCUCUCGAAUUCUGAAGACAAGAGUAUUCGCGUUUGGGAUAUGUCUAAACGUACUUGUCUGCACACGUUCAGAAGAGAGCACGAGAGAUUCUGGGUUCUAGCUGCGCAUCCAACGUUAAAUCUCUUUGCUGCUGGCCACGAUUCCGGAAUGAUCAUCUUCAAACUAGAAAGAGAACGUCCAGCGUAUGCUGUGUAUGGAAAUGUUCUUUAUUACGUGAAAGAACGUUUCCUCCGGAAGCUGGAUUUUACUACUUCGAAAGAUGUCUCGGUUAUGCAAAUACGCGGCGGAGGAAAGAUGCCUCCUUAUAGCAUGUCGUAUAAUCAAGCAGAGAACGCUGUUUUAAUUUGUACAAGAUCGCCGAAUAACAUCGAGAAUAGCACGUACGAUUUAUAUAUGAUACCGCGCGAGGGUGAUUCGAAUACCGAUGCCGAUACGAAACGGGCUUCGGGUGUUACUGCCAUUUGGGUUGCCAGAAAUCGUUUCGCAGUAUUAGACAGAGCUUAUUCAUUAGUAAUCAAGAAUUUGAAGAACGAAGUUACGAAGAAGGUGCAGAUUCCGAACUGUGACGAGAUAUUUUACGCCGGCACGGGAAUGCUUCUUCUCCGUGAUGCCGAACAAGUGACUCUCUUCGAUGUUCAGCAGAAGAGAACGUUGGCGGAAGUAAAGAUCGCUAAAUGCAGAUACGUCGUUUGGUCCAGUGAUAUGUCUCACGUCGCACUGCUCGCCAAACAUACGGUCAAUAUUUGUAAUAGAAAAUUAGAAUCCUUGUGCUCCGUACACGAAAAUACUAGAGUAAAAUCGGGAGCCUGGGACGAUUCAGGUGUCUUCAUUUAUACCACUAGCAAUCAUAUUAAAUACGCUAUUAAUAAUGGCGAUCAUGGGAUUAUUCGUACUUUAGAUCUUCCGAUUUACGUGACGCGAGUCAAAGGAAAUCAAGUUUAUUGUUUAGACAGAGAAUGCAGGCCGAGGAUUCUUCGGAUAGAUCCGACGGAGUAUAAAUUCAAAUUGGCAUUAAUUAAUAGGAAAUACGAGGAGGUUUUGCACAUGGUUCGUAAUGCAAAUCUCGUUGGACAAUCUAUAAUUGCAUAUCUGCAACAGAAAGGAUAUCCCGAAGUUGCUUUGCACUUCGUCAAAGAUGAGAAGACUAGGUUUGGUCUGGCCCUCGAGUGCGGGAACAUCGAAGUCGCUUUAGAGGCUGCGAAAUCACUCGAUCAGAAAUCUUGUUGGGAGAGCCUGGCUCAAGCAGCUCUGUUACAGGGCAAUCAUCAAGUCGUAGAAAUGUGCUAUCAGAGGACUAAGAAUUUCGAAAAACUCGCGUUCCUCUAUCUGAUAACUGGCAAUCUGGAGAAGUUACGUAAAAUGAUAAAAAUUGCGGAAAUCAGGAAGGACGUCUCUGGACAGUAUCAGGGAAGCUUGUUGCUCGGCGAUAUUUACGAGCGUGCGAAAAUAUUACGGAACUCCGGCCAAGCUUCCUUAGCUUACGUGACCGAGAAGAUCCACGGUAUAGCGUCUCAAGAAGAUGACCCAGUGAAGGUUGCCCAGUACAGUUCGAUGAACGAAGAACUCUCUGCUCUUGAAAAAGGAGCGGUGUAUCUCCGACCACCAGUGCCGAUUCAACAAGCCGAGAACAACUGGCCGUUAUUAACAGUGUCGAAAGGAUUCUUCGAAGGAGCGAUGAUGUCUCGAGGAAAGAGCCAAGUGGCCGCUGCACUGGCUCCCGAAGAAGAUGCCCCGGAAGUAGCCGCGGAAGGAUGGGGCAACGACGAAGAACUUGGAAUAGAUGAUGAAGAAGGCGUCGAAUAUGAAGCUGCGCCGGAAGAUGAAGCGACCGCUGGAUGGGACGUCGAGGAAGUAGAUCUACCACCGGAACUUGAAACAUCGACGAGUACGAUGGAAGACGGCUACUACGCACCGCCGAAGAAAGGUGUAUCAAAGGCUCAACAUUGGGUGGACAACUCUCGGCUAGCCGUAGAUCAUAUUCUAGCUGGAUCGUUCGAUUCCGCGUUCAGAUUGUUGAACGAUCAAGUCGGUGUAGUCGAAUUCGGACCAUUUGAGCCUCUUUUCAUGACUACAUUCGCUCGGGCCAGAACGUCGUUCGCCACAUUACCGAAUAUACCUUCCCUGUACGGAUAUCCUCAAAGAAAUUUGCAGGACAGUGGCCCGAAUAGUGCUGUUCCCGCUGUCGGAUUGCAUCUCACCGAUUUAGUUCAACGACUUCAAGUGUGCUAUCAUUUGACGACCGGAGGAAAGUUCCCGGAAGCGAUAGAGAAAUUGCAAGCGAUUUUACUCAGCGCGCCGUUGUUGGUCGUAGAAACGAAACAGGAGAUCCUGGAAGCGCAACAAUUGAUUCAAAUCUGCAGAGAGUACAUCCUCGGUUUGAAGAUGGAGACGGAGAGGAAGAAUCUACCGAAAUCUACUUUGGCCGAGCAGAAGCGAAUCUGCGAGAUGGCAGCCUAUUUCACGCACUGCAGUUUGCAAUCGGUUCACCAGAUCUUAACUUUAAGAAUAGCUGUAAAUAUGUUCUUCAAAUUGAAAAAUUACAAAACUGCCGCUUCGUUCGCGAGGCGACUGCUCGAGCUGGGCCCCAAACCCGAUUUGGCGCAACAAGUCAGGAAGAUCUUACAAGCAUGCGAUAAGAACCCAGUGGACGAGCAUCAAUUAGCGUAUGAUGAACACAAUCCAUUCUCCUUGUGCGCGAAGACGUUCGUCCCGAUUUACAGAGGGAAACCGGAAGUCAAGUGCCCGUUGUGCGGCGCCUGUUAUUUACCGCAAUUUAAAGACACAAUAUGCAAUGUCUGCGAAGUUGCACAAAUAGGAAAACAGUGUACUGGCUUAAAGAUAAGCCCCAUUCAAUUCCGAUAGAUUUUUGCUACUUUUAAUCGAUAUACAUGCAUUAACAACAGUUAAUCGUAAGCUAACAUCGUUGUUUUCAAUAUGUAAAAGGUAUUAUGUCAUUCCAGGAAGUAUUGUAAAUAUCACAAAGCAUACAAUGGUAAUGAACUUUAGGAAGCAUUUUCUUUGUUAA